CAGCGCAGCCAGCCAGCUUUGGUUGGCUGCCAGUGAUUGAUCGAAACCCCAACGCCUUCAGACCUCACUUUCCAUUUCUCCGAUGGCAACGCAAAACUACACGAACGCCCGUAUAGCGAGCUUCUACUACACGGAUGUGGUCGACGCCUUUGAGGAAACUGUUGAAGGCCUGUUCCGAUGUCGUUGCGGGACGUUACGUCGUCAAGGACCCCGGACCGGCUACAGCAACCUAAUUCAACACGUUCGGAGUCAGCAUCCCGACUACGCCGACGUCAUGCGGGAAGCCGAUGACGGACGCGGAACGCUGCAAGCGUGGAUUCGUCAGCGCGCGAGAGACGUACACGGAUACACUACGCUGGCUCCAAUAUCUGUUGAGACGCUCCAUGCAGCUAUGGAAGGUGUCACCCUCGCUGUUGAGGCCAAAAUCAAGGAAGAGAUGCCUGACUAG